ACAGUUAUUUUCCCCUCCACACACCAUAAAAUCAGCAGCAGCUACUAACACUCCGAGCAAUGCUUCUGGCGGGAGCCUCGGAGAAGCAGCCGAUGUGGGCAUGUGCGCUCGGCUCGUCUCCCAAUGGCACAGCAGCUCCUAGGAAAAUCCUUUUCAAAAGACCUGAAUGCCUAAGACUAGAGCUAAAGUGCAAGUGAGAACAAAAACGGCAAACAGCAGGCUCUUUUGACUGAGAAUAAGCAUUUGGAAGCCAAAGAUUUUAAAGGGAUGGUGGUCACAGCAGUACCUGAAAGAGACUGAAACUUGCAUUUCAAGCUUCGGAGCACGUGACCUCUACUCACAACCGGCAUGGCCCUCUCAGCCUCGUAAGGGACUGAGGAAGACCUGCAGGAAAUCACGCAGGCUACCUGACCCCACCAUUCAGAGGGGAUUCGGACCCACUGACCCAGGAUGAACUCGACUCAUCGCCACGGGAGGUACACUUCUCACCACUUCUGGAACCACAGCGCCUACAGGCUGCACGGCAAUGCCAGCGACCCCCUGGGGAAAGGCUACUCCGAGGAAGGGUGCUACGAGCAACUUUUUGUGUCUCCCGAGGUGUUCGUGACGCUGGGUGUCAUCAGCUUGUUGGAGAAUGUCCUGGUGAUUGUGGCCAUCACCAAGAACAAGAACCUGCACUCCCCCAUGUACUUUUUCAUCUGCAGCCUGGCUGUGGCUGACAUGCUGGUGAGCGUUUCCAACGGGUCGGAAACCAUCGUCAUCACCCUGCUGAACAGCACAGACACGGAUGCCCAGAGUUUCACCGUGAACAUUGACAACGUCAUUGACUCCGUGAUCUGUAGCUCCUUGCUCGCGUCCAUUUGCAGCCUGCUUUCCAUCGCAGUAGACAGGUAUUUCACUAUCUUUUACGCUCUCCAGUACCAUAACAUCAUGACGGUUAAGCGGGUCGGGAUCAUCCUCAGUUGCAUCUGGGCAGCUUGCACCGUGUCAGGGGUCCUCUUCAUCAUUUACUCCGACAGCAGUGUGGUCAUCAUCUGCCUCAUCAGCAUGUUCUUCACCAUGCUGGCCCUCAUGGCCUCCCUCUACGUGCACAUGUUUCUCCUGGCCAGGCUUCACAUUAAGAGGAUCGCUGUCCUCCCGGGCACGGGCACCAUCCGCCAAGGUGCCAACAUGAAGGGGGCCAUCACCCUGACCAUUCUGAUCGGGGUCUUUGUGGUCUGCUGGGCCCCGUUCUUCCUGCACUUGAUAUUCUACAUCUCCUGUCCCCAGAAUCCAUACUGUGUGUGCUUCAUGUCUCACUUUAACUUGUAUCUCAUCCUGAUCAUGUGCAAUUCCAUCAUCGACCCCCUGAUCUAUGCGCUCCGGAGCCAGGAGCUGAGGAAAACCCUCAAGGAGAUCAUCUGUUGCUAUCCUGUCGGAGCCCUGUGUGACUGGUCCAGCAGAUACUAAGUGGGGACAGAGGAGACACGAGGAACGUGCCUAAGAGACUUCUCCACUCUUAGAGAGCCUGAACGCUGUGCUGCAGCACCAGCUUUCUUCUGUGGAGGGUGCAGGUUGAGAAGGUCUGUUGUACAAAUUCAAGUUCAUGAUUUCUGACAUGAAAAAACAACGUGCCCAGUCUCUGUGUAUUUUUAAAGUCAUGCUCCUGUUCGGUUGUACAGUGUUUACAUGAAAACACCUUUGGCUGUUCAAUGUGAAUCCAUGUGAUAGGGUGGCAACACUGUGGAUUUAUAGAAAAGAGAAAAGUUCUUAGUUAAACAGCUUAACAGUGUCUCUUUCUUGUAACCCAUAAGGCUUUGCUACUUUGCUUGUUUUAGUAACAUGGAAAUCACAGCCUCAUUAAAUAUAUUCUCAUGAAAGGUUUCUUACAUUACACUGUGCAAUAUUGCAACAUAGAGAUUUAAUUCUCACAUGGAAGGGGGGAAAUAUUAAAGAACAGAUGCUUACUCAUUUUUAAAAAUCAGCUGGAAGUUCAAGUAAUUUAGUAAAACAUGUUCAUUCUCCCUGUGCACUAGUACAAAUGAUGUUU